AAUAAAUACAUACACAUACAUAUAUUUUUAAUUCUGCUCUACCUAACACAAGGCAAGUGCAUCUUUUUAAAUGCACGUAGCCACGACUAUGGAGUGCCGAGAAGUGCAGACGGCAAUAAGUUAGUCAAGGACUCGGACUCAACAUCCAAUGUUAAUACGGCCUUAGUAGAAGACGCAGGGGUUCGAGCCGUUGGCGAAGUCUUUGUUCCAAAGACAUUCUCAAUAAGUUCGCAAGAACCAUCAUGUGAACAGCUACGCGCUAUGUGGAUAUUUUCCAAGAGACAAUCUCGUGCAGCUGAAAUGACAAAUGAAAUACCCACAUAUCGUGAUCCCUUCACAUACAAUGUUUGGGAACCCAUCUACUCUAAUUCUCGGUUGCUCGGCUCAAUUCGCAUGGGUGCUCGGGAACGUGCUAGAUCCCCAGUAUUUGGACGUGUCUUAAGUCGAGAACCCAUCAUACCACAACGUAUGUCAUUUGAGCAACGUCCACGAAAUCUUGAUGGAAAUCAAAAUGGAGCUAGCCAAGCACGCUUAUAUGGUGGUGAAGUACGUCCGUCUGGAAUUGGAGCUGGAGCUGGAGCUGGCACUGGGACAGCGGGCUCCUCUCCACGCAGAUCCAGUAAAAAUAGAUAUGUGGGCGUAUCAACUAACUUGGCAGCCAAUAAUGUGGGUGGAAGUCAUAACUCAGUCGCUGUACAUGGCAGCUUUCAAAAGCUGAAGGAGCUCAUCUGGACAGAACGUGCUAAAGAAUUGACACAACAGCGUCGAGCAGAGGAACUUGCAGCACGAGCUGCUGUGCUCAAGGAAAUCGCUAAUGGUCAAAAGUAUGAUUAUUUUUCCUUUGAAAGCAUAAAUCAUUCUCCGUGGGUCCUAUUAAAUUUGUAUGGAAUUUGUAAUUAGUAGACAUUACCAUU